CUUCAAUCUUCCCUUUCCCCCCUCCCAAUCACAUCGCCGGAGCAUGCUUCACCGCAGCCAUGGCGCCGUAUCCAGGGUCUGAUGCAGACUAUUUUAGGGACAAGGCGCGUAGGGAUUUGUUAACUCUCCUUGAAGGCGUACGUGGUAAGAAAAACCUUGUCGUCAGUCAGGAUCUGGCUGGUCCAGUCGGGCUGUUCGUCAAGUUCUCGCUGCUCCAGGAAUACGGUGUAGAUCGCGUGUUCCUGCUCGAGAAUGGCAACGUGGACUCCUCUCAGCGCAACGUCGUCUUUCUAGUCCACGCGGAAAAGAUACGCCAGGUGCGGGCCGUGGCAGAACAGAUUCAGCGUCUUCAGCGCAACGGCAAUGUUGAACAUGAACUCUCCAUAUUCUGGGUUCCGAGGCGGACCCUUGUAAGCAAUUCCAUCCUUGAAGAAGCCGGCAUUAUAGGCGAUGUGAAUAUUGCCGAAUUCCCACUGUACUUCGCCCCUUUGGAGCAAGAUGUGCUGUCCCUGGAGCUAGAAGACUCUUUUGGCGACUUGUACCUGCACAAGGAUCCGGCAUGUAUCUUCCACUCCGCAAAAGCCCUCAUGGACAUCCAGCAAAGACAUGGCUACUUCCCUCGUAUCAUUGGCAAGGGUGACCAUGCCCGACGCCUUGCAGACCUCCUACUGCGGAUGAGAAAGGAGCUUGAUGCUGAAGAGAGCUCGGGUCUUGCUGGAGUCUCUGCCAGAGGCCUUCUUCCUAGCGCAAGCACUGAAAGCCUCAUCAUCAUCGAUCGCGAAGUCGACUUUGGGUCUGCGCUACUGACACAAUUGACCUACGAAGGAUUGAUCGAUGAGACAGUGGGCAUCAAGAAUAACCAAGCAGAUGUGGACACCUCUAUCGUCGGGCCUACGGCAGUGCCUCAGGCUCAGGAGUCUUCUAAAGCACCCCAGCAGUCCUCAAAACAAGGACAAAAGCGGAAAGUCCAACUGGACUCCUCCGACCAACUCUUCAGCCAGCUGCGUGACGCCAACUUCGCUAUCGUAGGUGACAUAUUGAACAAGGUUGCACGCCGUUUGGAAAGCGACUAUGAAAGCCGACAUGCCGCCAAAACUACCUCCGAACUUCGCGAGUUCGUCAACAAACUUCCCACCUAUCAACUGGAACAUCAAAGUCUCCGAGUCCAUACCAACCUUGCCGAAGAAAUCAUGAGAACCACUCGCUCAGAUAUCUUCCGCAAGAUUCUCGAAGUCCAACAAAACAACGCCGCGGGCGCCGACGCUACAUACCAUCACGACGCCGUUGAGGAGCUAAUCGCUCGCGAUGUUCCUCUGAAGACCAUUCUCCGUCUGCUCUGUCUUGAAUCGUGCAUGUCCGGUGGUCUCCGCCCCCGCGACCUCGAAAAUUUCAAACGUCAAAUCAUCCAAGCCUACGGCCAUCAACACCUUCUUACUUUCUGGGCUCUCGAAAAAAUGGAACUUCUUCAGCCUCGUUCUUCCGCCACCACCAUGCUCCUCCCUACCGCUGGCGCCCAGACAGGCACUAAGACCAACUAUGGCUACCUCCGCAAGAACCUCCGACUGGUCGUUGAAGAGGUCAGCGAAAAGGACCCUAAUGACGUUGCGUACGUCUAUAGCGGGUUCGCCCCUCUCAGCAUCCGUCUUGUUCAAUGUGUUCUGCAGAAACCUUACAUUCUUUCUCUUGUCAGAGGCGGAGCUGUCACUGCUGCAACACCUAGCCCUGCAAGCGCCUCGUCCCCAGGAUGGCUUGGUUUCGAGGACGUAGUGAAGAGUGCUCGUGGGGCUACGUUUAGCAUUGUACAGAAGGGUGACGACAAGGCCAUCAGGGCGCGGCAGACAAUCAGUGGGAAUAAUGCGAUCAAGACCGUUUAUGUUUUCUUUUUGGGUGGAAUAACGUUCACAGAAAUUGCAGCGUUGAGGUUCAUUGCGGCGCAGGAAGCUCCCAGGCGGAAGAUUGUGAUUUGUACGACGAGCCUUAUUAAUGGUGAUCGAAUGAUGGAUGCGGCGAUCGAGAAGGGGAGUUUUGCGAAGUUGGAGUGAAGGGUAGUUAAGACUUAAUGUUAGCGAUUGAUGAUAUGAGACCUACAUUAUAUGAUUACCCGGGAUUUUGUAGGUAAUGCUUCAGAGUCUUCGAGGCCAGGCUUUUAGCGGUGCCCGACAUAGAGUCUACGCUGUGCGUAACAAAUCAG